CUCAAACGCAGCGUAUAUAUGUUCUAAGUUCGUGCCUAAUCUCUUUCUACUUCUUCUUUAUUACGUUUGAGACUUGUAUUUGUAAUGUAGUUAACAAAUAUGUAAACCUUAACCUUUGUGACUUUAGUACUUACCGGUAGAAGGUUAUUAUCAAAAAAAAAUCGAAGAUUUUGGGCUGGGUUGGGAUUCCUAGAAAUAUAUUUGUUCAGUUAGUGCGCGUUUAACAUAGAAAUUUUAAUAUUUAAUAAGUAAUAAUGUGGGGAAUGGGAACAGGAAAUUCGCUGGAAAGGUGUACAAUACUUCUCUAUAAAGAAGCGAAAUUAAAUUCUAAAGAAAGGGAAUUUAAAAAUUUAGCUAGCUCAAUCGAUCGUGUAAAUCUCGUGUAUAAUUAUGUAAAGAAGUUAAAAAUAUUUAAAGAUAUCAUUGCUGAACCCCAGGAUAGAAAAUCAAAUGAAGAAUCAGAGAUACAAAGACAAAAAGGCAACGAUUACUUUCUACGCCAUAAAAAAUACUUGAGCUCAUUAGAGAGCUAUACUAAAAGUAUUGCUUCUGCUGUAAGUGGCAGUUCUUAUUUAGCUUUAGCAUAUGCUAACAGAUCUGCAUGUCUUUCUGAAGGAAAGUAUUAUAAGGAAUGCAUAGAGGAUAUAGAUAGAGCCUUAUCAUUAGAUUAUCCAGAACACUUAAAACCAAAAUUACUAAGACGAAAAGCUGCAGCUGAAUCUCAAAAAUCUAUUCAAAAAGAAGUCAAGUAUUACAGUGACCCACCUGUCAUCAAAUCUAAAAAUCCUCUAAUUACCUGUGCAGAAGAUUCUAUAGAAAUACAAUACAACCAAAAAUAUGGUAGACACAUUAUUGCAACUCGAGACAUAAAAAUUGGAGAAGUUUUAUCUGCAGAAAAUUCUUUUUGUCAUGUUAUCCAUCCAGAAAGCAAAUAUAUACACUGUCAUGAGUGUCUAGAGCUUUGUUUCAAUAUGAUUCCUUGUGAGAACUGCAGUGGUGCAUUGUAUUGCAGUGAGGAAUGUAGAAGCAAGUGUUAUGAGGAGUAUCAUAAAUAUGAGUGUCAAUUUCCUAAGGUCUUGCUGUCUCCUGAAAUGGUGUUUAUCAAAUUAGCAUUAAUAGGUAUGGAUGAUUCUAAAAAAGUAGAAGCCGAGUUACCUGACAAUAUUCACAGAUCUGAUUCCUUUAAAGAAAUUAUAAAAUUAGAAAUGAAUGAAGAAAAUCGGAAUUACAUCAACCUAUGCAUCCCAGCAAUUGCAGCAUCUAUAGCUUACCAGGCUCUUAAAGAAAACCCAGAAUUCACUUCAAAGUAUGAUACAGAUGAGGACGAUCAUAAUUUAAAGAAACUGCUUUAUAAAGCUUAUAUGAUUAAUGCUUUUAAUCCAUUCAACAUUAAAAAAAUUCGUUAUACUCCAUUUGAUAUUGAAUCUACAAGAGUCGGGACUGCUUUAUAUGCUUUUACUAGUUUAUACAAUCAUUCUUGUGUGCCUAAUUGCGAAUUUUUCCAUUAUGGGUCUUUGAUAGUAACAAGGGCACAAGCUCCUAUAAAAAAGGGAGAGCAAGUUACUAUUUCUUAUGGAAGAUCGUUCAGCAUGACACCAAAAGAAACUCGACAAGCAAUACUCAAGAAAAACUAUCUCUUUGAUUGCGAUUGCAAAGCUUGCACCAAUUACUGGCCUACCAUGUGGUACUUGCCGCCUGGCAAAGAUCUCCCUCAAUCGUUCUUACGAAAACUUUCUCAAAACACUUUCGAUGGCAGCGAAGCGAAUCAGAAACUGGUAGACGAACUUUUAACAGAAGGCAAGAGAUUGUAUUAUCAGUUGGAAAGGUAUGAGCCUUGUCAGAAUUUAUUGACACUGCAAAAUAUGAUCACGGAAAUUUAUACUUACCAGGCGAGCAAGGAUGUAGAGUUUUAAAAAUCUUUAUUCAGUAACAGUUAUUAUAAUUAUGUGUGUUUUAACUUUUUUUUAUAUUUUGUUUUAAAUAUUGCAGCCAUUUUUAAAUUGUAGGAUAUCUGAAGCGCAGAUAUUUUAAUGCUAUCCACCUUAUUUUUUGUAUUUGAAAUACAUGAUGUCCCGUAAAUAUAUCGACAAAAAUAUAGCGAUUUUUAUACAAAAAUAACAUCGUCCAGUAAAUAUAUGCGAUUUUUAACAUUGUGUCGAAUAAAGCAACUAAAAAUACAACUUUUUUGUUCCAUGCUAUUUUUGUGUACCUAUCUCUUUUCGUUUUCGAGAAAAAUAUUAAUAUCCAAAGUUUCUCACAUCUCUGAAAUAAAAAUACAACUCAUAACAAAAAAAAGCGAGAUAGGAAAAAAACUCUGGAACAAAUUUUGUAUUUUUAGUUACUUUAUCAAAAACACUAAAAAUUUC